AUGUCUUCCUCUACACGACAAUCUCGUCACUUCUUGGACCUUCAGUUCCAGCCACCUAGUCCGCUCACCCCUGGCUCUGAUACGGAGACUCUCUUCGACUUCGUCGUCGAUACCGCUGACUCGCCGCCCGAGUACAGCAAAGCCGCUGCUUUCGUCUCUCCCACCGAGACUCUCGCCGAAUACGCUGCAAUCGAGUCGCACGACGAAGCCAGCCUCUUCUCUCGUCGCCUUGGCUACCUGCAGCGAAUCGAAAAGGUCUUGUCCACCGAGCUCAGCCCUUUCGAUCUCUUGACUCGCUCCGAUUCAAAGCAAGGUCCGGACGGAAGAAACGAGACCAAAUCCUUCGUCGCCGGCGCUCUUGGUGUCGACGCGGCGCUCGACACCCGCGUCGACAUGCAAUACUCCACUUCGAAUAGUCAAUCCGGCGCCCAGUUCCGACCAGACGGGACGCAAAACGGAGCGUUCUACGAUCCAUCUUCGGCUGAUGGCUACAGUGCUCCCUUGCAAAGCGGCUUGCUGAACGCUUCCACUUCGUUUGCCUCGUCCAGCUUCUCCCAUCUGUCGCCGUCGCCCUCUCCCGCGCCCAACGCAUUCCGCGACAAUAGCAUCCAGCCAAGCCCACAAUCGAGUCCCAACCUUGGUAGCGUGUCUCCGGCUCCAUCACAUCAUCGAGUCGGAUCCCAAAGCUCAGGCGCCACAAGUCCGCCACAGUACGGCCAGGGUUUUGCGUCGGACCCUGCCCUUGCGCAGACCCUAGGUCAGAUCGGUCAGAUCAAGCUGGAUGAGGACUCGCCGUAUCCGCCUACUUUUGACGACGGCUCCGACAAUGCAUCUUCACCGGCCUUCGAUCGGUCCAAUUCCGGCCAGCAGAGUGACGGCUUUGCCCCUCCGGCUUACUCGUCAAUACCCAACCACUCGGCGGGCCAGCAGGCAAUGGCCAACGCGCCGAAGCUGUCCUUGGGCAUUCCCAGCGUCUCGGUCUCGGACACCUCGAUGGAUUUCACUCCAGUCGCCCCUCAGAUUGGCUCCAGUGCCGAUGCCAACAUGCCCAGCAUCAACGUGAUGGCGCCUUCGCCGUCGACGCCGAGAGCAGCGGGUGCACAAGGCUUCCAGGAUGUUCUCGCGCAACUGCUCGACCGGGAUCAAACGAUCCCCAUCGAUGGCGAUGCGCCCUCCAGCCAGCUCGAUCCCUCCGCCAACUGGUUUUCUGCUGCUCCGACGACCUCAUUCAAGACCGAGCCGAGCAGUUAUGCAGCUGCUGACAGUUCAUCAGCUCCUUCGCCGAUGGACUCUGCAUCCAUGCAGGCCUCUUUGGGCCAGGAUGCAUUCCGUCCGCAAUCUGCCGGCGCUCGGAUCAUUCCGCAUGGCUACAAUGCAGAACCGACGCAGAUGAUGUCGACGCUCGCAGGUCAAUCGCAACGCACGUCGCCUAGCCACGCUGCCGGUCAAUGGUCGAGUCAGGCCAAACGUCAGGAUUCUUACGACAAGAUUCGUCAAUUCCUCCGCCUGGACGUAGAUAUGGGAUUCCAGUCGACGGGCAAGACCGAGUCUCCGACGCUCGCCAUGUUCCGCAAACGCGCCAACUCGGAUAUUGGCCCACGCUCUCCUGUGGUGGCCGGUAACACCGAGGAUGCCGGUGCAGGUGCCGGAACCGCCUUCGAUUGGUCCUUCGCUGUGCCCAGCCAGCCUGCCAUAAAGGCGCAAGCAAACGGCGCAGACUUCGACUGGUCCACCUUCAAGGGCGAUCCGAACCUCUUUGCUGGUGCUGGCCUGAACAUGGAUCCGCCUCAGUUUGCGACCAUGGAUCCUUCGCUUCUCAACAAUGCUCAGUUGAGUCUCGACACGUCACAAGGGUAUGCCGGCAACGACGCGCUUCUCGCGAGCGCGCAGCAACAGCAGCUGCAGCAGCAGCAACCACAGCAGCAACAGUUGAUGAUGAUGCCACCUGUGUUCCAGCUGAACGGGCAGGGCAACACAAUGGGAGGCAUCGACUUCUCGUCGCAGCUCGCAGCUGCUGGUCCAGCGCCAGGCGAGUUCAACGCACAGUGGCGCUUCCCUGGGGACAGUGCUCAGAACGCACCAAGCAGCGGCGCGACAGGCGCGACAAGGCUGCGAAGAUCCAACAGCGCACGUCAGAGCUCUCCGGGCGGGCAUCGCCGUCUGGCACAAUCGGAGGAUCUUUCGAGGAGCCGAAUGUAUCAAGGUCCCGACGAGCAGUUCCUGGCCCAGAUCACUGCUCCCAAUGGAGGACUCGCUCCGCCGCAGUCCGGUCGCUCGGUCUCUUCCAGCAGUAACAACUCGGCCGUCAGCGUUCACCAUCACACCAUGUCGGGAUCAGCCAGGGUGCACCCCUAUCGCAGCGGCCACGACCGUCACUACUCGUUCGGCUCGAACGCGUCCAGCAGCAGCACCGGAUCGGCCUCGCCGCUACCUCAGAUGCCAGGUGGAUUCUUGCUGGAUGCAGGAGGCAACCUCGUUUCCACCGACGCAUUUGCUGCGAUGGGCGGAAUGGGCAUGGACAGCAGCAACGCGGUCCACUCGCCAUCGGCCUCGAGCGUAGCUUCAGGGACGAGCUCUCAACUGGCGCCGCCCGUCCCCGUAGUGACGAGUCAGGCGACCCAAGCAGCAUCUGCAUCGCGGCGAAAGUCGGAAGCGCUCUUUGCUUGCCCCAUACCUGGCUGUGGAUCCACGUUCACGCGGCAGUACAACCUGCGCGGCCACUUGCGCUCACACGCGGACGAGCGACCUUACAAGUGCGAUUGGCCUGGGUGCGACAAGAGUUUCGCACGCUCGCACGACUGCAAGCGCCAUCAGAACCUGCAUCUCAACAUCAAGCCGCACACGUGCGAGCAGUGCGGCAAGACGUUUGCUCGUCUCGAUGCGUUGAACCGGCACCACAAGAGCGAUACAGGCGGAUGCAACAGCGAGAGCCAGUCGAAUUCGACCGAUGCUGGGUCGAGUCAAGCAGGGUCGAGGACCGGAUCCGAUCAAGGCGGGCAGAGUUGGGGAGAAGGGACGGUGGAAGCUGGCGCAGGCAAUGCAGGCUCUCAGCAGCCUGGCAAGGCUUUCGGAGGACAUGUGUUGUAG